AUGAUGAAUAUCAUUGCGAUAGGCAUUGAACGGUACUUUGGUAUUUUCCGCCCUUUAUCCUCGCCUGCCGAAGAAACCGCAAAGAGGCUUGUGAUCGCUGCAUGGAUUACUGGAAUACUGAUGACGGUGGUACCAAACAUCAACAUGAAGCGUAGAAGGUAUUACAUUGAUGACGAUAAGUACACCCUUUUCUGCUCCUAUGACAACUCCACGCCUACCAGUAGAAUAAUCAACACUGUGUUUAGUGUUUUGGUGUAUUACAUGCCUUGCAUCCUACUGUCGAUACUUUGUGUCAGAAUCUUAAGGUUCCUAAAACGUCGACGACAGGUGGAUGCUGGUCAGAGUUCCUCAAGUAUAACGAACACGCCGCGGUUCCAAGGCAGCUACAUGCUGGUGUCUCUGAUCUUCGCCUUCAUCCUCCCGUACCUUGUCUACGUGGUCUACUUUACGGCGAUGAUGAUUCUCCAGCCUCCAGUGAGUUACGUUACGGACUUCACUAUCAGAUAUGCAGCUGCAGCUGCAGGCUAUGCAAACGGUGCGUUGAAUCCUGCCAUCUACUUGAUUGCCAUGCAAAACGCUCGUGUGCGUUUGAAAGGGCUGUUCACGGGAAGACGACUGGCGGAGCCAGCAAUUGAGACUCACCCGACUAGAAGGACGACGAAUCAAGGAAGUCGAGAUCCGAGAAGCAACCCACAUGUGAUCAUAGACAAAGAUACAAGCGCAGACCAACUUGCAUUAAAAACUUGCCAAGGAGAAAACAUCUUUUCCCUUCAAUAA